AUGAAACAACAACAACAACCGGCGAUCUCGUCGACGCAAGAGACUCGAGGAACAGCGAGAAAAACUUCCGCUGUUCCUGGGAGAACGGCGGAUCCGCAAAUCCCUUCGUCAAGGAGGCAGAUCAUGCGUCAACACAAACAAGCCUCAAACGGAGCAAAUGAGGAUGUAUUGCAGUGCCCAAUAUGCAAGGAGAGGCUUAAGUCGCCCAAAAUAACGCCGUGUCAGCAUACUUUCUGCCUGCAAUGUCUGAAGAAUCAGGUCGCCACGUCGAAUAAGAGAGAUGGCAAUUUUACCUGUCCCGUCUGCGAUACGAGCUUCGACGGUCGCGCGCCUGGGAAUUUUCCCAACAAUCUCUACAUCGAAUCUCUCUUGGACAUGAUGGCGAGCAGCAUCAAACGACAAGGACGACCGCCGAAGAGCACGGUGAGCUUCGCGCCUUUACCGCCAAAAAUAUGGAACGGGGAGUUUUCGCCGACGUUCAAGUGCCGCAGAUGCAGCGAAAUCUGCGUGAGAAAAUGCAAACAUUGUAAACACGGAUACUGCUACGCUUGCUGGAAGAGACAUGUCAACGAUGACUUGAAAGAGGAGCUGGGCAAUAUAAGCGGUGAUCUCGAGGCGUCGACAGCGAGAUUCGAAGAGAGGAUCGUCCACUUUCGGAACAAAACGAACGAGAUGAGAGAUUUCAUCAGCAGGGACAUCGAGGGCAAGAUAGCUGAACUGAACGUAAGGAAAGGGAACCGAAUCAAGAAGGUGGAACACAUGGUUGCCACGGGUGAAGCGUCGGUGGGCGACAUCAAACAGAGGAUGGCGAAAGCUCAGACGGAGAUAAGGGAGGGAAAGGACAUCUUGUACGAUUUGCUGCCGAGCAACGAGAGAAAGGUGAAAGUAUUUCUGGACCUGCAGCAAAAAGCCGCCGAAAUAAUGGCAGCGAUCGCCAUCUGGGAGUCGGAAUUGCACGAUAUAGAAAUAAGUCUGGCGGAGAUCAACAAACGCGGAAGAUCAGUUAUCAAAGAGAACGUCGAGCCUCUUUACAAGCGGAAGGCUUUCACGCCCAAAAUAAUCGUGAACCAUGACAUGGUGCAACGGCCGUCGGCGCUCGCCGUUGAUUCCUGGAGGGAUCACAUUAUCACAACCUGUCCGGGAUCGGGACAGGUUGUCAUUCUCGACAGGAAGUUCAAACUUAUGCGGAGGAUUCGCCACCGAGAGAUGAUAGCGCCUCAAGGAGUCGCCUUCCUCCAGAAGAGCGACGAGAUAUACGUGACAGACAAAUGGAAGCACUGCAUCUUCGUGUUCAAUCACAAGGGCAAGCUCGCUCGUCGCAUGUGCAGCAGAGGCUUAGGGUAUUCGCAGUUGCGCUCGCCGGAGGGAAUCACCUUCCACCCGGAGCGUGACGUGCUCUACGUCGCCGAUACCGGAAAUGACCGCAUCCAGAUCCUCGAAAGGGACGGUUCGUACUUGGGCAGCAUCGGGCCCAUCGGUAAGCGCGCGAAAAACAUCGUCAGAUUCACCGACGAUCUUCCGCCGAGCCACCUGAAUCUGCCGACGGACGUGGCCGUCACGUCAACGCGCAUCGUCGUCGCCGAUUCCGGCAGUCACAAAGUUAAGAUAUUCGAUCACAACGGGCGGAUCCUUCAGACGAUCGGCGGCGUCGGCACGUCGAAAGGUUUAUUCAAAUCGCCGGAGGUGCUGAGGAUCGACAAGAAGGGAAACAUCAUCGUCGGCGACGCCGGAAAUGGCCGGGUGCAGAUCUUCUCGCCGGAAGGUGAGUUUCUGCGAGUGUUGGGUUCCAAAGGGAUCAAAGGACGUCAAUUCGGGUGGGUGUCGGGCGUGUUGGUGACAAAUAAUUACAAUAUCUUUGUCGCCGACAGCAAGAAUAACGUUAUAUAUUUAUUUUAA